AUGAUUAUCGAUGUCAACCAGUGGGGCAAUACUGAUCCGGAUGCGGCUUCUCACCAUGGCGAGCACUACCAUGGGAUUUUGAGAAGCGACCUCCAAACAGCCUUACUGCUAGGCUAUCGGAAACGGCGGCAAGAGGUGGGGCCGCAUGAAGUUUGGUUGAGGAAUGAUGUCAACAAGGUUCGGCAGCUUCGACGGGAUCUAAAUCCUGACUCUGGUGUUAUAUUCAGUGCAAAACAUCGUGCUCUAUCGACGUCAACCAUUCUUGUGACGUAG